GCUAUAUCCUUAUGUUCAACUGCUUCCGGAGUUUUGCUGCUGACUGACCCCGGCGUGAAGGAGUAGUAUCUUGUAAGGACAAACCCGUGGUCUGUUUUACUAAACGUGUCCCCGCUCCUCGCCCCUCGCCCCCCCCCUGGCCCUCGGUGCUCCCUGAUGGGCGGCUGGUCCCGCGCGGCGGUCCUGGCGCUCUACCGCUCUCUACUCCGGGCCGGGCGCCGCCUGACCUUCACCGACCGCGACUUCUACCGCCGCGCCGUCGCCCGCGAAUUCCGCCGCUGCCAGGCGCUCACGGCGCCGGGGGACCGCGAGGCCGCGCUCCGGAGGGGCCAGUUCUUCCUCAGCAGCCGAUUGGGCGGACUGAUGUAG